UAAACGGGCUGGGCCCGUUUCCACCUGUGGUGACGAAUCGGUUAGUUUUGGGGUUGGGCCCUGUUACGAAAGGGCCGGUUUGGGCUGCGGGGUAAGAGGAGCCGACGACGGUGGCGGCGGCGGCGCAGCGGCGUUUCUCUUCAGGCGGCGGCGGCGGCGGCGGCCAGAAAAGGCUCAUCCACCGAGGGUGGCGCAGUCGGUGUUCGGUGCCGGCGGAGCAAUGGGUUUGGUCUCGGAAUCGCAGGCGAAUGGGAACCACCAGCCGGCGCCGGAAGAGGCGCAGCAAAACGUCGAGGAGGGCGAUGCCGGCGAGACGAUGGAAGGCGUCGCCUCCAUCGCCUUGCUGCCGUCCGGCGCUAUCUCCGGCCAUUUCAUCCGCCUCCCUGACUCAAUCUGCUACGGCCUCCAAGGCACCCCAAUAUCUUGCGAGAGGGAAUGCAGCCGAGGAGAGGAUUACCGCCUUUUAAAACUCACCAUCAUUGAUUUUAAGAGCAAGAGAGAGAAGGUGCUAGUGGUGGAGUGCAGGGGCCAUGACGCUGCUCGAUUACAAAACAUCGACCAUCUGCAUGGGUGGGAAGAUGACAUUGUUGGUUUGGUUGAAAAGGAACAUGGAAAUCAGAAAGUCUUGCUCUCUUUUGAAUGUGAGACACUGAAGGCUGAUAAAGACGCCGAAGAUCAUAUUAUCAAAUAUAUGCCAAACCUACGUGGACUGGAUGCAGUUGUAAACAUAGGCAAAAUGUGCAUCAGCGGCAUCAAUCUCAAAGAGGACGACGAACCAAAAGGAGACAACUGAUAGCAGAGACACUUGGCCAUUGUGUGCGAACGGUGUUCGUUGUUAUCCCUCCCUGUGUGCUUUCCAGAGUCACGGAUAAACUACUACUACUAGGCACCAGUUAACCCAUCGAACGUUUCACACCGCACUGACGCUGGUAAUCUGCCAAGUUCAUGUCUGAAUACCAAUGCUUGUAAUUUGAAUUUUGAAUGAUGUGGCCGCGGAUCGGAUUCAGAACCUGGGACGGUUCAAGCUGUCACGCGACGUUGUCUGCUGCUGCGUCGUGUGCAAAUCCCGAGGGGACUGACUGUACCCUUUGGUUU